AUGAAUAUCACAUCGAAGCGUCGAAAUACGAAGCAAGCGUUCCCGCGCCGGUGUCAUCUCCUCGAACGAUUUCAAAUCAUCCAGAGGGAAAAAGAGCGAAAAACUUAAUGCAAAGAAAUCGCUGCUAAAAUCGCACCCGGAUUUCUCAAAAGAUCAUGGCUUCUACUCCACAAUCUCAUCAAACUACAACCCCCAACGGCGACCCCAAAACCCGCGGCGGCGCCGCAGCUUCUUACUUCCAGAAAACAGUCUGUUUGCACGAUUGGUGGUUAAUUAGAGCUGAAAAUGACUUCAAUCGAAAAACGCUAGCCGUCGCUGGGCUCACUUCCAGACCGGAACAACCUGUUCGAGUAUUUUCUUCUGCGCCGAUUGUUAAGAGGUACGAUGUUUUCACUCUCGAGACUGCGGAUGGAAUCUGUGUUGUUAUUAAGGGUUUCAUAAACAAACUCCGUACUACUGAUAAUGGGUUCACAGAUGAGGUUUUUAAGCAUUUUGUGUUUGGGUUUCCUCCUAACUGGGAAACUUAUGCGGAGAAUUACUUUGAGGGAGAAGCUUUUGAUAGUGCUUCUGCUGCGGGAAAUAUUUCUGAUACAGACAAUUUGCUAUGUAAAUCGAAAAACGCUUGCAUAAACAACUGUACUUUCACCAAUAUCAAUUCUCCUUUGUGUGAAAAUUGUCCAAUGAAUAAGCAAGAUAGCUAUGUAGCAGAUGGUAGUCCAGUGGAAAAUGAUGCAAGACAAGAAUUGGAUCAUGGAGAUACUAUGGCCCAAGAUGUGAUGCAGAAUGCAAGUGCAACUAAAACUGCUGUGCCUCUCAAAAAUCUGGUUGGUUCACCCCAUAAAACUGGUGCUAAUAUUCAAGGUGAAGAAAUUGAAAACAAAAGAAAAGGAGAGCAAGAUUGUUGCAAGCAAGCCAAGAGGAAAAUUCUCUUCAUUUCACCUGGAAGUGGUAUUAGGCAAAGGCAAAGGCAAAGGGAGGAGAAAAUCUGCAUUAAAUCUCCAGAAAGUUUGAGUUAUGGGCGAUCUCGAUCAGGGAGAUUACUUCUGCCGGCGAUGGAAUUUUGGCGCAACCAAUUACCUGUUUACGAUGCGGAUCGGAGGAUUAGAGGAAUUCAGGAAGGCCUGCCGAUGCCGGAGGAUUAGACCAAUACAAUAUAUCAUUUUACAUGCAUAUAUUAUGUUUUUUUUUUUUCCGGGUUCAAUGUUUAAAAUUAGUUGCUUUCUAAACAUUCAAAUAUAACGUUUGUUUGCGUUCUAAAUAGAUUAUGCCGGAGGAUUAGAGGAACGUGUUUGUUUCAUAAUAUUUUCUGAGUUGAGAGGAACAAAAUUUAAGAAAAGUAAUCAAAUGUUAAUUUAGAAGUGGA